ACCCGCACUAGUGAGGACGCGCUUACAGUGGCCACACUCACACCGACUUCUCAUCUGUUCUAGCAUACAGAUAUCGCGCACAGAGUUUCAGUCUAAUAACCUUUAAUUAUCAGAAAGCAAUCGCAAUCGGUAAACAUGGCAGAAGAGAAGAAAAAUGAAAUGAACGGACACGCGGUAUCCGAGACGAUUGUUCCAGCUGUUUCAGUAAAGAGAGAUUUUAAAGACAAGUUCAGGUCGUUUCUGCGUAGAAAUCUGCUAGUGAUCCUGACCGUGUCCGGUGUGUUAGUGGGAGUCGGACUGGGCAUGAUGGUUCGCACUAUGAACCUAACCCGGGCGCAGAUGACUUAUUUCGCGUUUCCCGGUGAGAUGCUGCUGAGGAUGCUGAAGAUGAUCAUCCUGCCGCUGGUGGUGUGCAGUCUGGUCUCAGGUGCUGCCAGCCUGGACACCCGUUCACUGGGGAAACUGGGAGGAAUCGCCGUGUCUUACUUUUUGGUGACCACCCUCAUUGCGUCGUCCAUCGGAGUGGCGCUGGCGUUUCUCAUCAAGCCCGGGGUCGGCGCUGGAGCUCUCAACACCAACAGCUUAGACCUGGAGAGUGUUACCAACAACAAGGAAACCGCCGAUUCCUUCCUAGAUCUUGCAAGAAACCUGUUCCCAGCUAACCUGGUUUCUGCUGCUUUCAGCUCAUAUGCCACUGACUACAAGACGGUUGCAGUGGGAAACGAUACAAAUGGGACCAUCCUCUACCAAAAGGUACCAGUAGCAAAGGAUACAGAUGGCAUGAACAUUCUUGGCCUGGUUCUGUUUGCUAUGGUGUUUGGAGUGGCCUUGAGGAAGCUGGGAGCUGAAGGGGAGGAGCUCAUACGUUUCUUUAAUGCUUUUAACGAAGCCACUAUGGUGCUGGUGUCUUGGAUUAUGUGGUAUGUUCCGGUUGGCAUAAUGUUUCUGGUGGGCAGUAAGAUCGUGGAGAUGGAAGAUGUGGUUCUGCUUGUCACCAGCUUGGGAAAAUACAUCUUUGCAUCUAUCCUGGGCCAUAUCAUCCAUGGUGGCAUCAUCUUACCUCUUAUCUACUUUGGGAUCACCCGCCAAAACCCCUUUAGUUUCCUCUCUGGCCUCAUCACACCUUUCACCACGGCCUUCGCUACCUGCUCCAGCUCAGCAACACUGCCCUCCAUGAUGAAGUGUGUGGAGGAGAACAACGGCGUAGACAAGAGAAUCAGUCGCUUUAUUUUGCCAAUAGGAGCCACAGUGAACAUGGACGGAGCUGCUAUCUUCCAGUGUAUUGCUGCAGUUUUUAUUGCCCAGCUCAACAAUGUUGAGCUCAAUGCAGGCCAGAUCUUCACCAUCCUGGUAACUGCCACAGCAUCGAGCGUUGGUGCAGCAGGCAUUCCGGCAGGAGGAAUCAUCACAAUUGCCAUCAUUCUGGAAGCCAUUGGUCUGCCUACCAAUGAUCUGUCACUCAUGUUGGCAGUGGACUGGAUUGUGGAUCGGACGACCACUGUGGUAAAUGUUGAGGGAGAUGCUUUGGGUGCUGGAAUCUUGCACCAUAUAAACGAACAAGAAUUGAAGAAGCAGAAACAGCAUGACUCGCAGCAGGAAGAAGCGGAGCUGAUGGAGGUUAAAGUAGAGGCCGUGGCUAACGUCCAGGCAGAGGAGGAGACCUCGCCUCUGGUUGCACACCAAAAACAGUCAGAUUACUCUGCACAUGACAGAGCUGAUGAAAAGGAGGGUGCAGAGUCUGUGCUGUGAAGUUUAUAGCUGUCACGUACUCCCAACUCCCAAAGGCAGUAAAUCAAGUUGGAACAGUUAAAAAGAGUAUUUCUCUCUAAAAUCUGGGAAUAAGUGCCAUAAUUCCCUCCUGUGAGUUUUAAUAAUCACUGCAUAUUUGUUUUGUUAUUAGCACAAUAGUGUGAAUGAUCGCUGUAGUUAUAUUGAAGUUGUUCUUUAUUGUGCCUUGAUUGUAUGUAUGAACCUCUCUUUAGAGAAACAUUCCCACUUUACAUUUCUUUUCUGUUGUUGUCAAUAUAAAAAAUAAUUUCCAAUUUCUGAAAUGAGCAAGAAAAUAAUUGCUGUAAAUAUUAAUGUUCCUAAUGGCAUGUCCUAUCACAGACAGGUCUGUUCCAAGUUCUUUAAUGUCAUGUCUUUGCAAAGUGACUAUCCGAGCUACUGUUCUAGUGCAUAAUCUCCAUUGUUUUUUAAGCCAGUGGGCCCUGAAGAAACUGCCAACAGGUAUAUUUACAGUUUGUAACCCUUUGUAAUAACACAUUUCUUGAUUUAUUAUUCCAAAAACGUGGUCUGGCCUUCAUCCUUCAAGUCAAAAGAAUACUGUAGUUACAUUAUGCAACAAACACAGGUACAACUGUCAUUUGUUUAGAGACUGAUUGUGUAGAAUUUUGAAUUUUAUAUACAUUAUAAACAUUACAGAAAUCAGUCUUAACAUUUACUAAUGUUUUUAUCCAAAUCAACUUACCAUACUGACCGAAUACAAUGCAAUUAAUUGAUGGUGAAGGGCCUUGUUCAGGGGCCCAACAGUGGUAACCUGGUGGUGAUAAGCUCGAACCAUUGACUUAUUGUUACCAGUUAAGUACCUUGACCACUAAGCUACCACUGCCUCCAACAAAGGGUUCACAAACUUUGCAACUGCGUAUUU